AUGGAUCCCUUGGGUUCAGUCAUUGUUGAAACUGGUAGAUGUAUUUUCAGCUUUUUCUUUACAAGCAUUGCCACCCUUAUAAAACUCCAACAUAACACCGGACGGCUGCGGAAAGAGUUUGAGAAACUCGAGGAACGAAAGAAUGGGAUCGAAGAGGAUGUGAGAUUAGCUGAAACUGAAGGGAAAUGUGCUACUGAACAAGUCAAAGGAUGGCUCCUGAAGGUCGAAGAGAUCGAACAAGAAGUGCAGCCAAUGCUUGAAAAGGCUGAUAGGCUUGCUGUUCAAGGUUGUGGUCCUUGCUGCAACAUUCUUCCACGGUAUAGGCUCUGCAGACGUAUGGCCAAGAAGCAACUUGAGGUGCAGCAGCUGAUUAGUUCGUGCUGUUUCGAUAAUGUUGUUAUGGACAAGAAGUCUCCGGUACGAGCUGUCGAGAAACAACAAGGACCGUCUCUAGCCGGUCAGAGAGAGGCUGAGGAGAUGAUAGAAAAACUAAUGGAAUUGUUGAAAGGGGAUGAAAACAAGAGGAUAGCCGUGUGGGGAAUGGGCGGAGUGGGGAAGACUACGUUGGUCCGGAACCUGAACAAUGAGCUGGAGUCAUCUUCGUUGAUGGACUCAAUAGAUAUUGUCAUUUGGAUCACAGUGUCCAAGGACUUGGAUUUGAAAAAGGUUCAAUCUCAGAUAGCCAAGAGAUUGAACUUGGAAUUGGAUCCCAAUGAGGUCAUAGAAGAAAGGGCUAAGAUGCUGCUUAAAAGAUUGAUGAUGAAAAAGUUCCUUCUGAUUCUGGAUGAUGUUUGGGAGCAUAUUGAUUUGGACAUUGUGGGAGUUCCACAAACUGAUGAUCAAGCCAACCGUAAGAUUCUCUUGACAACUCGAUCGCUCGAUGUCUGCCGAGCAAUGAUGACAGAUGAAGAGAUCAAGUUAGAUGUUCUAAAACAAGAAGCUGCUUGGAAUUUGUUUGCUCAAAAUGCUGGUGAUGUGGUUGAAGUACCAAGCAUUAAUCCACUAGCAAGGGCGGUUGCAAAAGAAUGCGGUGGUUUGCCAUUAGCUCUCAAAACGGUUGGGAAGUCAAUGAGGAACAAAAGAAGGAUCGAGUUGUGGAAACACGCACUUCACCAUUUGCAGCAUUCAGACCCUCACAUCAAACACAUCGAGGACGAAGUCUAUCGUCGUUUAAAGUUGAGUUACGACUCAUUGCCAAGUAAGAUCCUGCAGUCAUGCUUUCUGUUUUGUUCUUUAUAUCCAGAAAACUAUUCAAUCAGAACAGAUGAAUUGAUUCAAUGCUGGAUAGCUGAUAGAUUAAUCAAUGAACACCAGCCUUUGGAAGAUUGUUUCAAUGAUGGGAUAGCAUUGAUUGAAACUCUAAAGGACUCUUGCUUAUUAGAACAGGGUGAUUGUGCUGGAACUGUGAAAUUACAUGAUGUGGUCAGGGAUGUAGCCAUAUGGAUAUCAACAAAACAAGGCUCAGAGGAACCUUGUGCAAGUAUUUUGUUUACCAACAUCACAAAGCCACCGAAGCAAUUCUCGGGUUUCUCCGAGCUAACCGUGAUACUCCUUGUGGGUAAUCCUAUUAACAAAAUCCAUGACAAUCUCUUUGCAGGACUUAGAAAGGUAAGAGUCCUUAAUUUGAGCCAGUCUCAUAUAGUUACCCUGCCACCUUCUCUUAGUCAGCUCCAAAAGCUUCGAGCUCUUCUACUAAGAGACUGUUGUUAUCUAGAGAAACUCCCUUCACUUGGAGCUCUUCGUAAACUCCUGGUGAUGGAUCUCUCAGGAACUCGAUUGAGAGAACUACCGAACGGGACGAGCAAGCUAAAGAAGCUACAAGAACUACAUUUGUCCCGAACACACCAUCUAGAAACCAUUGAAGCUGGAACGAUUUCAGGGUUGCAAAGCCUGGAAUUAUUAGACAUGUCAUUCAGUGCAUACAAGUGGGAUACCAGAUGUAAUGUAGAUUAUGGUAAGGCUUCAUUCAAUGAAAUACUCACUCUGGAUCGGCUUUCAAUAGUUAAACUAAGACUAGAGAAGGUUGAUUCUGUUACCCUGGAUUCUGCUUGGUUGAUGAAACUGAGAGAGUUCAACAUUCAAAUUAGCCCCGGCAGUUGUGAUUCAAACCAUCUAGCCACUCAACAUGAUGAAAAAAGAGCCAUUCUCAGAGGCGUUGACCUCAUGGGAAUCAAAGGACUCAAUGGUUUGUUAGACACUGCAAGUGCUUUGGAUCUGGUUAUAUGUGGAGGCAUAAGUGCCUUAUCUGAACUCUCAAUCAGCCAUAGAUUGUCAAGCCUGCAAAGCGUAAAAUCACUUUCUAUCUCAAAGUGUGAUUGCAUCACUAGUUUGAUAAGUGGAGACAACAUUUCAGGGACCAUCUUACCAAACUUGGAGCAUUUAAGCCUCAAUCGAUUAGAAAACUUGGGUGCAAUUCUAGGUGGCAUGGUUCCAAGAAAAGGAUGCCUCAAAUGGUUAAAAACCAUUGAAGUGGUGGACUGUAAGAAGCUGAGGGCCCUCAUAUCCUUCGCAUUACUUCAACAAGUCAAAAACCUUGAACAAAUCAAGGUAAAAAACUGUAGCAAAAUGAAAUAUAUCAUUGGAGGAGAAGUGUCAGCAGAAAUGAUCCCAAAACUAAGGGUCAUAGAAUUGAGUGAUUUGCCUAUGUUAAAGACCAUUUGUUCAAGACUACCUGCUUGGCCUGCAUUGGAGAUGAUUGAAGUCAGAAACUGUCCCAUGCUAACAAAGCUUCCUUUUGCAACAAGCAAUGGAGUAGCAGCCACUCUUAAAGAAAUAAGAGGGGAGUUGCAAUGGUGGAAUCGCCUUAUUUACAGCAAUGAUGAGAUAAAAUCCAGACUUCAGCAACGAUUUCAACCACUGAAACCCCUACAAUGCUGA